AUGAUCUCCAACAGCUCGGCGUCCAACUUGAGUCUCUCACCCAACGCGUCCAACGAUGUCCGAACUAGGGCCAAGUCUGUCAGCAAGAAGCACACCAAGGAGUUAAUUAAAAAGGAGACCAAACAGGUGGUACUGAAAAAACUCUCCACAAUCUUGACGGACUUGGGCCUCCAGAAACCGAUUCCCGUGAAAAUCAACCACACCAAUAGCUCCAGUUUCUCUAAAACCGUGAGCGUUUAUGUGGCCAACUCUAAUAAUUGCAUCUAUUUGGCACCUGCCAGCUCCGUCAGCUUCACGUACGAGGACGUGGAAAACGGAGGGAUGCCACAGAACGCGUCUGGACGUGACGACAUCGCUGGGGACGUUCCCGAGAACUUGUCGGUGCUGGUGCACAACGAUGAAAUAACCCCAGAACGCAACAGCCGCAACCUUCCUGCUGAGUUGAAAGAUAAGAUCGACAUGCGCCACUCGUCGAACUACUUGUGUACCAAGAUCGAUAGCGAUACGCCGAUUCCACAUACUUUUGGGGUGGUGAUAGAACUACAUAAAGAUGCGGCCAUCAACGCUGUGGAAUUUGAAUUUGCAAGUCUUUGUAAUAUUCUUUGGCCCACAGGAGACCCUUACAACAAAACAUAUAACAAGGAACGCUUCAAAAUCGGCAAGUUGUCGUGGAUGAGAAAUUUGAAUAAUGCUGAUUUCUACGUCAAUAGUCUGAACUCGAGCGACUUCAAGUCGAAGAAAAUCGACCCUGAUGACUUGGCCCGCCGGACGCGUUAUUACAAGCUCAAAGACAUCAAGGGGUCGACAAAGAGAAAACAGUCUCAAUCUUUGGACUCUGACUCAAUCACAGACCUGUCGAGUGCUUCGAAUAACGACUCUUUUCUGGAAGAUGGACCACAAAUGUUUAGGGCUGGUACCUAUGUGUUUGUGUUGCCAAUCUUGUUACCUGAGCAUAUACCCCCGACCAUCACUUCUAUCAACGGGUCUUUGAACCAUUUAUUGACGGUUUCCAUCCACAAAAACUCGGAAAAGUUGAAUCGGAAGUUAAACGUCCAAGGAAGUUUUGGUCUCCCAAUGGUUAGGACUCCUCCUUCUCUUGCUAACUCAAUUGCCGACAAACCCAUCUAUGUCAACCGAGUUUGGAACGAUGCUUUGCACUAUAUCAUCACCUUUCCAAGAAAGUAUGUUGCUUUGGGUUCCGAGCAUUCCAUUAACGUUAAAAUAGUCCCCUUGGUCAAGGACGUCAUUAUCAAGCGGAUAAAGUUCAACGUGUUGGAAAGAAUCACGUACACAUCCCAUGACAUGUCCAAAGAAUAUGAUUUCGAUGGGGAAGACCCUUACUAUUUGAGACCUCUGUUGGCUGACAAUAAACCUAGAGAAAGAGUGGUGUCUGUGUGCGAAUUGAAGACCAAAAACAAACAACACUCGGGCUAUACUGAGCCUUAUAAGGAAGAGAUCAUUAAAUGUCCCGAUAAUAACUUGUUGUUCAGCUGCUACGAGCCUGAUUCAAAUACAGCUAUUCAAGACAACGAUUUUGAGAACUUGCGGGUCGAUAUUGCCCCCGAGCCCGAGAACACCAUGAUUGCGUGUCCUUUGGAUAUCAAUGUUGGUUUACCAUUUUUGACCACUCGUAACGAUAAAAUCAUUCAAGCUUUGAACAAUGAAGAAGAGUUGAAACAUCUUCCGAACUACUCAGAUCCCACUUCAAGAAAGGCUUCUAUUGUGUCCAGUGAGAAUCUUAGUUCGGCUCCGUUCCCUCCAUCAUCACCGAUUAUUGGAGCUCUAUCCACAAACUUGACUCACAGCCACAACGAGGAGAAUAUUCAACAUGGCUUCACCACUGUUGGUAGAGCGUUAUACCCCGACUCGAACUUCCGUCACAUUCAAAUUUAUCACAGGUUACAAGUGUGUUUCAGAAUAUCGAAACCAGAUCCUAAGGAUAAUUUCAGAAUGCACCAUUAUGAAGUUGUUGUUGAUACCCCAUUGAUUUUGUUGAGCUCCAAGUGUAAUGAUGAUUCCAUCCAGUUACCCAGGUACCAGGAGAUUGAUGUGAUUCCGGAAGACACAACGCAUGUAACCAAAUCCAACAUAUCCUUCAGAACUCCUAACUUUGAAAGCGAUACAUCGGCGUAUACCAGAAACGAGAACGGUGAAAUAAAGGGGAAUGGUUUCUCCAUCAAACCUUGGAACAAUGCAAACGUUGAUGACACUUUACCGACUUUUGAAGAAGCCACUUCCCCCGUAUCUUCGCCAAUUACAAGAUCUUUUCUGGUUUCGGAGGAUGCUUUGAGUAGAGUCCCCUCCAUUUCCAUUGAUAAUGACUUUCCCAGUGCUGAGCCUCCUGCCUACGAACCUGGAAGUGAGUUGACCAACUUGGAUGAAUUUUCUGGACCCUUGAAUAUCGAUGCGGUGGUUAAUAAUCGAUCUACGUCGGAGGCCCUAGCUUAUCUGCGAUCGUCACGUUUAAGAACAUCUUUGGUUAGCUCAUUUGCUCCUCCCACUAUCAGCUUCACCAACAGCAUUACUGGCACUUCUGAUAAUGCAUUGAGUGUGUCGCCCACAAACACCUCGUCGAUUCCUAUGGUGCAUAGUGACUCCAAGUUGUCGAUUACUGGAAGUUUGAAUCCACAAAAGUUGUCUAACUCUAAUUCGUUGCUGUCGUUUGAGUCUGUGGGGGCUGAUCCAGUGGAAUCGGUAUCUUUGGAUUCUAUUCAAGAUAUCUCUAGUGUGGCCUCUGGAGUUGCUGCAGACACCUCGAGCACUGCAGUUACAAGCAAUAGCUCCUCUCGUAAUACGGAGGAUAAGAGCAGUGUUAUGGAGUCUCUUAGUGCUGAGAGUAAUGCAAGUUCAAGUGGGCCUCUUUUUGUUGAGAGAAUCGGGGCUGAAACCAGUGUGGAUGCCAAUGAGGGAGUUGGUAUCAGUGAGGAAACCAAUAAAGUUGUCGAUCGUAGAAUUGAAAAAGACAGUGAUCCCGAUCCUUUUCCUACGACACCCAGCGAACCUGUCGGGGAUUAUUCCACUGGCAUACAUAUUGCGGAAGGUCCUGAUGGUCUUGUAAAGAAAAAGCUGUCUCCCUCGCAGAAGAUGUACCAAGCAGUCAACGAUAGUGAAAUAUCAUUGGAUCAAGGCUACAAUAGACUACCCAAUGAUAGUGAGACCAACUUGAGUAUUAUGUCCCACUCAUCCACGUUUGACCAAAGACUUCCACUCCUCAGAAACACCAGUACCGAGUCCAACUUGCCUUUAGCAAAGCAAAAUACCGUCACAACACACAACAAGCUUUCUACCGAUAACCUUCUGGUCAUAACAGAAGGAAAGCAGUUUCAAGAUAUCUACCACACAUAUUAAAAGGGUUAAGGUGUCUUGAAACUAGGUAAGUACUUAGUUAAUAGAUAUACUAUCUAAACGACCAAA